AUUUAAGAUAAAAAUAAAAAAUAAAAACAAAACAAAAAACCCGAACGCAGGUGGUUUAAAUGAUUUUAAUUUGGGCGCCACUCUGUGUGGCUCGGGAAGAAGAGUAAAAGGAAUAGAAAAAUAGAGAAAGAGAGACAAGACUAGUACUCAGUAGUUAUUACUAUUAAACAAGCCUCACCUUCUCUCUCAAAUCCAACCCAUCCCAUGUGAGACUUGUCUGCAGCUGCAGCAUAGCAUCUCUCUCUCUUCUCUCUCUCUCUCUCGUCGCCAUGCCUCCUCUUCUCUCUGCCUUCCUUUUCCUCCUCCUCGUCGCCGCCGGCCAAGGAGAUGACGAGUUGGCCGUCGAUACCCGCCUGAGAUUCGACAACCCUCAUCUCCGUGAUGCCUACAUUGCCCUGCAAGCCUGGAAAUCUGCCAUCUUCUCCGACCCCUUGAACCUCACAGGUAACUGGCACGGUCCCAACGUCUGUUUCUACACCGGCGUUUUCUGCACCCAGUCCCCUUCCCAUCCCUCCCUCAAUGUCGUCGCCGGCAUCGACCUCAACCACGGUGACAUAGCCGGCUACCUCCCUACAGAACUCGGCCUCCUCUCUGAUCUAGCCCUCUUCCACAUCAACAGCAACCGCUUCUGUGGCACCAUCCCUCCCACAUUCCACCGUCUGAAGCUCCUCUACGAGCUGGAUGUCAGCAACAAUCGGCUGGUGGGUCCAUUUCCGACGGUUGUGUUGUCACUCCCGUCCCUCAAGUACCUCGACCUCCGCUUCAACGAGUUCGAAGGUCCCAUCCCUUCAGAGCUCUUCGACAAAAACCUCGACGCUAUCUUCGUUAACGACAACAGGUUCCGUUUCGGCAUACCUGAAAACCUGGGUAAGUCACCGGUCUCAGCGUUAGUGUUAGCAAACAACAACCUGGGUGGCUGCAUACCAGGCAGCAUCGGGCAGAUGGGGAAGACUCUUAACGAGAUACUGCUGAUAAACAACAACUUGACAGGCUGUCUUCCCCUUGAGAUCGGGCAGCUGAAGAAGGUAACCGUCUUUGAUGUGAGCUUCAACCAUUUGGAAGGGCCGUUACCUGUGAGUGUGGGGAAGAUGAGGAGUGUAGAACAACUGGAUGUGGCCCAUAAUCAGCUGACUGGAGUAAUCCCACCUACCAUUUGCAAACUCCAGAGAUUAGUCAACUUCACAUACUCUUUCAACUACUUCACAGGAGGGGCACCUCAGUGUUUGGCAAGAAACAACAGAGGUUUGGUCGUCGAUUCCAGCAAAAACUGUAUUCCUGGCUUCCCAGCUCAACGAUCUUCAAGAGAAUGUGUUGCCAGACCCAUCGGCUUCGAUUGCACUUCCAAGUGCCAUGGUGGUGGUGGUGGUGGUGGUGGUGGUUCCUCAUCACCUCCCCCAAUCGUGAGACGGUCAUCAUCUCCACCACCUAGGCCUGUUCACGCCCCUACUAGAACACCUCUUAUUAGACCUCCCCCUCCUGUCUCUGGGACCUCACCAUCGACCAGGUCUCACCCUCCACCAAUGCUACCACCCUCAACCCCCUCAAACCACCAUUACUACUCGUUCCCACCACCUCCUCCUCAGCAUUCUGAGUCUCCUAAAAAUGCUCAUUCUUCACCCCCUCCUCCGUCAAUGCUUCCAUCACCAGCUCAUCUGCCACCGCCGAUGACACAUCUUCCAUCACCAUCCCCACCACCUCCACAAGUUCAUCUCACUCCAUCAAAGCCGCAUCCUUCAUCGCCGCUGCUACCACCAUCAUCACCACCCUCACCCUCACCCUCACCCUAUGUGAAUCUUCCCCCAACCCAUCAUCAACAUUUAACACCACCACCGUCGCCACCUUCAUCCUAUUUACCUCUUCCACCAACCCAUCAUCACCAUUUAACGCCCCCACCACCUCCUGUCAUGGUUUCACCGCCAACCCACUAUCAUUUAAUCCCGCCGGCACCAACCCAUCAUCUUCAAACGCCACCUCCACCGUCAAACAUCUGGGUUUCGCCACCAAACCAUAAUCACUCAAUGCCGGCUCCACCCCGUAAUCAUCUAACACCACCUCCACCACCCUCUGAGAUUUCUGCCCCAGUUGCACAGCCUCCACCACCAAUGUCUGGAAAGACGCCAUCUCAAUCACCGCCAACACAGCCACAAGUGCCCUCUUCCCCUCCAUCCUCGCCACCAAACCACUGUGAUAAUCCACCGCCUCCUCAUCUUUCUACACCACCAGCCUACCAUCACUCACACCCACCACCACCACCACCAUCGCCGUCACCUCUGAAAAAUCCACCGCCCCAUCACUUCCAUAUGAAGACUCCACCACCUUCAACUGGGUAUUCACAUUCUCCACCAUCGUACCCCGGGGUUCCCCUCCCACCUAUCACUGGAGUAUCAUACGCUUCACCGCCUCCACCAGUAAUUCCCUAUUACUGAGUUAGUCAUUCUUCUGGACUCUCCCAUCGAUUAACAUUCUUUCCAUGCACUAGAAUGCAUUGCAGCGACGCAUCACUCGAUUUCCUGUAAUUGUUUCUUCUUUCUUCUUUUCCUGUUUUUGUUUUUGUUUUUUUCUUUAACUUGUUUCUAUAUCAAUUAAUGGGCGGAGUAGCUGCAUUUUUGUGGGUAUUUGUUUCUAUAUGAAUAUUUGAGAAUAAAGACGUUCCUUUUACUUUACUUUUGUAAAGGCUGUGGAGCAAUGUUUUAGCUACAGUAGAUACGUGAAGUUCGGCUA